AUGUCCGAAACAGUCACCGAGUCAUCACCUGCUCUGACGGUAACACAGAUAUUGACGGACUAUGAGAUACACCACUCUACCCUGAGGCCAGAACCCAGCGACCGCAAUAGGGCUCACGAUACAUCCUCUCCAGCGCCGAACAACUGGCCGUCAGAGCAUCGCCGGAUUCCGCCUCAUCGUCCAAUAAACACGAACCUCGAUUACUCUGAACGAGGAGCACGAAAUACGGCCGAGGCUGUGUUUGCCUUCAUGAUGCUGAAUGGAUGCCAUAUCAAUGCGGUGAGCAAUUAG